GGGCCGCCCAAGGAGAGUGCCCCUGCACGGUCGCCAGGGAAACCCCGUGGCGUGGUUGUGUGUCAGUUUCGCUGGGACCCGCGGUCGAUGCCGGCGAGGAGGGGGAUGGGCGCCUCGGUGAAUGUAAGGACCCGAGACAGAAUCAGAGCCCUGUUUCACAUACAGCAGCAUAUACCCCAUUAUAAAUACCGACUGUAAAUAUACAAUACACUAAAAUAAAUGGAUUUAUCCAGCGGGGAUUUAUAAUAGACACUCAAUGGAUGCAGUGCACCUGAACAGGACAGGGAUUUUAACUUUCCGCCUAUGCGUGGGAGACACUGAGAAGUUUGUUUCCUACCCCUGGAGAGGGAGCUACUUUUAAGGGCAAAGGAUACAGGAGAAUCCGAGGCCGACCUACAGGCCUGCUGGUCUUGUUGGAUUUGAUGUUGGGAUAUUCUGAGGACUUCCUACUGUACUUAAAUUUGCCUCGCUUGUACAACUUUGGAAUGCCUCUUUAGGUCCCCCAUGACCGUGAGCCGUGGGCUACGGCUUGGUGGCCCCCCACUUCUGGAGUGGUCUGUUGCUCUAAUUGGGACCCUGUGAUUCCCCUCAUCACCGCUCCUCCUCCCCCCCAUCCCAUCCUGUCCCCCCCUCCCCCUCCCCCUCCUUCCCCCUCUUCCCCCCCUCCCACGCGUCGCUGUGCUGGACGUCAUGAGCAUAGUAAUCGCGCUGGGAGUCACCACACCUGAAACGUCUUACUCAGAUAUGGCUGCUGGAUCAGACCCUGAGUCAGUUGAAGCAAGCCCUGCCGUGAAUGAGAAAAACUAUAACAACCACAGCUGUGGGAGCGCACAGAGUCAUGGGUAUCGGGGACUACCAUAUGCUAUGCAACAGUCUUCCGUUGUGUGUUGUCAGGAUCACAACUAUGGCGCACCCCCUCCCCCCACCCCACCCGCCUCCCCGCUCUCCCAAACCAUCAUUCCCCGCAUGGAUCUCAACGGCGUGGUACGCAGCUCCCGCUAUCACGGAACUACUGAGGACAACUCAGCCGACAGCGAUAGCUCCUCAGAGGAGGACGGUGCUGUGGCCAGCUGGUGUCACUGCAGCCUGACGCCGGACGGCAUAAAGUCGUACGAUAACUGCAGGAAAGGAGCAGAAGGCCAACAUAGAAAAACAGAAAAUGUUUCAGCUGGAGAGAGUAGCGCCACUGAGAGUGGUGAUGAAGAGGUGUCGCCCGCCACCAUCUCUUACACGGCCACCCAGCAUACGCCCACCAGCAUAAAACUUACUGUCAAUCGAGUCAAAAGGAGCAAGUCCAAAAAGAGGAAAAAGAGUACGGAGAAGGCCCGUGGAACACCGAAGGGCAAGAAAGUCAAGGCUUUCAGAGAGGGUUCUAGGAAAUCCAUGAGAAUGAAGAACUCAACAACGGAGGCCAGCGUGUUGGAUGAGAACACAGCAGAGGGAUGGGAGAGUAGGAUCCGCCAGUGGACGGACCAGUAUGAGGAGGCUCUGGCCAACCAGUACAGCGCUGAUGUCCAGACCCUUCUCCAGUUCCACCGCGCUGCCAAUUCCACCGUCUCCAAGGCUGAGAGUGGCACCACAACACCUCCUUCCACCACACAGAUCCAGGCCUCAGUCGACGCCAUGGACACCAUCAACCGCACUGAGCUGGCCUGUAACAACACAGUGCUGGGCUCACAGAUGCAGCUCCAGUUAGGACGGGUAACACGGGUGCAGAAACACAGGAAGAUCCUCCGCGCAGCCAAGAACCUGGAGCCAGACACUCUCAUUAUUGAAUAUCGGGGAAAGGUCAUGCUCAAGCAACAGUUUGAAGUUAAUGGGCACUUCUUCAAAAAACCCUACCCAUUUGUGCUGUUCUACUCAAAGUUUAAUGAUGUGGAGAUGUGUGUUGAUGCAAGGACCUUUGGAAAUGACGCACGCUUUAUCAGGAGGUCCUGCACACCCAAUGCUGAGGUCCGGCAUAUGAUUGCUGAGGGCAUGAUCCAUCUGUGCAUCUAUGCCAUCAGUCAAAUCACAAAGGACGCCGAGGUCACCAUUGGAUUUGACUACGAGUUCAAUAGCUGUAAUUACAAAGUGGACUGUGCCUGCCAUAAGGGCAACCAGAACUGCCCAGUGCAGAAACACAACCUGAGCCCCAGAGAGAGCUUACUGAGUCCCCCCUCCCAGCCACCUCCCACACCACUGGUUGGUGCCGAGACCCGGCGGAGAAAAGCCCGCAGGAGAGAGCUUGAAGGCUGCCUUGCAGGUGACAGCAACCAGACCCUGGACCAGCAUCAGGAGGCCAAAGAACUACAGGGGACCAGUGACACAGAGGAAAGGCUGCUGGAUGAUGUGAAGGUAGAAGAGGGAGAGGAAGGAGAGGUGGAUGAAAAUGGGGUCACCAUCUCCAGUAAAAGAACAUGUACCAGCCUGGAACGGAGGCGCCGGAGAGUUGGAGGAGCAGAGAUAAAGGAGGAGGGUGUGGAAACUGAGGACGGGGCAGGAAACCCCGCAGGCAACACCCCCAUACCUCACAGCUCUGCAGUGGGGGUCAGCACACGACGCACCACCUAUGUCAUGGUCAGCGAGAGAAAUCAGUUUGCCUCAUCUGAGGCACCAUCUACUGAAGAAAAGACCUCAUCACCCAACCUGCCCGCUCCUGUUGUUCCCCCUAAACCUCCAAGGCCUGCCAAGCCUCGACCCAAAAGUCGCAUCUCUCGCUACAGAUCGAGCUCAUCCCAGCGUGCCCGGCGGCAACGUCAAGCCCUUGCCCAGCAGGCAGCAGCAGCAGCUGCGGCUGCAGCGAUGUCGGCGAUGCCAUCAUCAGCUGAUCAGGGUGCUGCUCUGGACGAAGAGGGAUCCCAGGGCCCAUAUGGUGCUGAAUAUGGCCACGGAGAAAGCAGUCUGGGUGGUCAGGUACUUGAUGGAGAUGGCCAGGCUCUCAACUGCAUUAACAGAAGCAACUUGCGCUACCCCAAGACCAAGAAGUACCUGGUCACAGAGUGGUUGAAUGAUAAGGUCCCUGGAGGGGAGAAAGUCCAUCAAGAGGUGCCUGUUGAGCGCCCUUUGCGGAUAACCACUGACCCCACGGUGCUGGCCACCACCCUCAACAUGCUGCCAGGCCUCUCCCAUUCAUCGCUCAUCUGUACAACACCCAGACACUACGUUCGCUUUGGCUCCCCCUUCAACCCAGAGAGACGGCGGCCCCGCCCACUCCAAAUGGAUGGCACUUAUGGCUGCUACAAGAAGAGAUGGAUAAAGCAGCUGGAGGGUGAGAGCUGUUCAGCAAGUGUGGAGGACGGCACAGAGUCCACCUCUUCCCAGCAAAGUACCAGUAGCAGGUCCACCCCCAACCCCCUUUCCACUGAACUCAACGCACCAUUUAAGAAGCGCCGCUCCAAGUACAUGACAGAGCCAACACCAGCACCCUCAGACCAUCUGCUUCGCCCGCUUUCACCCAUCACACCACCGCUCCCAGAGGACUCCCUCCAACUGCUCUCCAUCACCUGUGGCUCUCUGUUGCCCAACGGCCUGGGCUACUCACCCAUGCCCUCGCUACCCACCAGCCGCUGCAACACACCGCUGCAAUUUGAAAACAUAUCAUCCCCUGAGGCAUCUCCUGUCCACCGGCCGGAGUCCAUCUCUCCUGAGCCAUGUCUUCAGACAGACUUUGACAUCCCACGGCCUCAGUUCCCAGACCUGUCACUCAGCUCCAGCUUGGAGAGCCCUGUGGCUGUGACCUCAGAUGACUUUUCCCUUUCUGGAGGCCCUUCAGGCCAUGACUCCCAGGGCCCUUCAUCUGGAGGGGCCAGUUCCCUAAACCCAGUGUCCUGUCCUUCCUCAGACCUAACCCCCCAAAACAGGGAACAGGCCUUUAGGACAGAGUUCAAUCUCAUAUAUGCCUGCUCCCCUCUCAACGCAAACCUGGGGAACCCUGUGGCUACCGAUCGCCGUCUCUCCCAGUCAGAGGGUGGCUUCUCCCCGGCAGAGUCCUUCCACAGUUCCAUAAGCGUCCAGGGGCUGCUGGGAGAUGUAGGCCCUGGCUCCAUGUCACCCUACGGCGAACCUCAUUAUAGUGGAGGCUACUCAGAGAGUGGCACACCUCCUCACACCAGCAACCCACCACAAAAAAAGAAGAGGGCCAACCAGCAUACCAUUAGUCUGCUGACAGGGAAGCCAGAUUACCAGGCUAUAGAUGUAAGAAGUGAAUACAAGCCAGUACAAAAUAUGGUGUCUUUGCUGGAGUACCGCAAGAGGAAGCAGGGCAGCGGUCGUGACUCUGAGCCAGCCGGGAGCAGCUCGUCUCUGGGCAGCACCCCCACCCGGCCCGCCUCCCACUACAUCCAGGACUCCCAUCAUCCCCAUUCCCAGUCGCAGAUGCAGCCUCCGGCUUCCCCACAGAGCUCCUUCUCUUCCUCGACACAGGGCUCCAUUCCACAGAUAGAGGAGGUCAGUCCUCCAGAGCACCAGGUCUCGUCAGUGCAGUCCAGACAGCAGGACAGCAACAACCAGUGGAUGGUCCCGACUACUGUUGAACGUCUAAGGGAAGGUCAGGGGGUUCUGGAGCGAGUGCUAAGAAGCAUCAAGAUGGAGCGGAAUUACAAGAGAAGUGAUGGCUCUACAGAGAAGGAAUCUGAUGCAGAUCGAUAUGAGAUGCAGGCAGCGUCCGUGGCUUCUCCCAUGAAGAGUCCACACAGAUACAGUCCCUCUGUGUACUCACACCAGUCAUCAGAAAGCCACCGGCAGACCAACAGCCCCUCGUACCUCCAGCAAACCUCAAACUCUCCAUUCCGGGGUUCCUACAGUCCCUCAUCAGGCCAGAGCUUCUACCCACGUCUCACCUCCUCUCACCCAGGACUGUCUCAGGACCAGCCUUCGCCCUCCUAUCACACCCCCACCCCCUCGUCAGACUCCAGGCUGCCGGCGAGCUCCGUGCACCAGCAAAGUGGCAGCAGUAACGUGGACGGAGGCCACGGCUACAGCAGCAGCCACUUAAAAGCGAGCCUUUUGAACAGCAGUGGCCUAGUGGGGACUCCUACCCCGGCACCCAGGGCCCACGGGCAGACUAAAAUAGACUCAGGUGCCCAGGCCAGAGGGAGUCAACAGCAGGCAUCUCGCAGCCUGAAGUCGGGCAGCCCGGGCCAGACGGCGCUACAGGCUGGCUCCAGGCUGCUGUCGGCUUCGGCGCCGACACACUACCCGCAGCGAGGGACAAGCCUCAGUCAGUUCCAGCACUCCCCCCUCCAGGGACCCGGAGUAAGGACACAGUCAGGAAGCUUUUAGGACCUUGUUCUAGAGUGUAUGAGUGUGUGUGUGUGUGUGUGUGUGAGAGUGUGUAUGAAGCUGCGUACCUCCUCAAACCCCUAAAGCUGCAGUGAAAUGGGCCUCAGGGGGUUCGGGGAGGAGAAAUGUACAGACCUAAGAGGAGCAAGGACUUCUUUACUGAUUUCUCCUUUUCUUAUUUUCUGUCUUUUCUUUCUUUAUUUUCAGAAAAAAACAAACAAACAACCACAUUCUGCACAAAGCUAAUCAUUGACUUUGGACAUCAUUACAGAAUUGGUGGAAAAAGCAAUUUGGACGACACAUCGUGAACGAAAUCACAUGUAACUUGAAAUUGUCCCCAGUGUUUCCUCAUGUGCCGGACUGUGCAAACAGGCUCUGUAAUGUCAGAAAGUCUCAACUUCCACAAAGAUGUCUGUACAGAGUUUAAAAAAAAAAAGCUGUACCUGUCGUCAUGGUAACCAGGUUGGAUAAAUGCGCGUUUGAGUUGUUUCCUUUGUUUUCUUGUUUUUCCUUUCUUGUUUUUUUUUCCUUAUCUGGAUUUGGCGAGUGGCUGAGUCUAUGCUGCAGUAAAUAUGUGUUUGAUUUGGAAAGAGGGAAAUUGUACAAGCAAAGGCGACACGUUAAUCAUCCGUUCUAAAGAUGCAUUAGAGAGGUGGGGAGGACGGGGUUCUCCCUGGAUAGGAUCAUUCCAUGUGAUAAACCAGCUUCCGUGUUCUCUUACCAAACAUGAAAACAGCCUUUCUUUUCUUGACGUUCUGUUCUAGUGUUCAGUUGUUUGGGGUUCUUCUCUUCUGUUCUCUCAUCCCCACUGGACUGUUUUGAUUUCACAUUAGGACUACUUUACUGUAGACUUCUGAUAUUGUACUUGAGACAUACAGGUCUUAUGAUUCAUGGUGCUGCAUUCUUGUUUUGUUUUGUUCCCCCCCCAAUAAAUUUGAAGUCCAGUUAUGUUCCCCACAUAUGGCUGCAUUCAUCCUGUCCUUCUAUUAUCAGUUGAAAUCAGUUUUGUUUUUCUCCAAAUUCAUACUAAUCAUGUUGCAAUUAGAUGCAGAAACAAAAUAAGAAUAAUUCAACUUAAUUUCUACAACAAAAUGUUGGUUUUGGUUGUUUUUAUCCCAGAGGAUUUCUUUAAAUACAUAGAUGUAUUGUUUUCUGACCAUUUUUUUUGCAUUCCGUGUGACACCGAGGAAAACUGGGGAAAGGAUCUGUGAGGGAGCGUUUGGAUUGUUUAUAAAGGUUUAAAAAAAAAAAGCUGCUAUGUUCUCCUGUGAGAGCUUUUUCCCUUUCCACAGAAUGCUGUAUCUUUAUUUUUCCUUUUUAAAUCUGAUCCUCAAAAACUGACUUGUAAAAAAAAAAGAGACGGUUCUACUGACUGCAACGGUGGGACCUCAAGCCAACGUUAAGCUGACAGCUGGGCGGCAGCAGGACUCUUUGUUUUGGACCGAAUGUGGGAAAACAGACGCAUUUUGUGUGGAAGGCUUCAAGGACCGUGGGCCCAGUCAUGAGACUGGAGCCCCCACCCACACACACACACACAUACACACACACACACCCCUCCCCUCAGUCCACAAACACACAGAAGGGUACUCAUGUUACAUGAAUGUUUGACAAAUUGAAGAAAAUAAAGUCAUGACCCAAAAUUAACUAGCACCUUAAAAAUGAAAACCUAAAAGACACAAUAGGACAAUAUGUAUGAUUAUGUGUACUUGUAUAGAAAGAAAUGUGAUAUAGACUUGUAUGGAGAAAAUAUAGUACACUGAAUUUAUCGCAUGAUAUUUGUUUUUAGGGUCUGAGUGUCAGAUGGUUGGAAGCUAAUCAUUGGGUCUGUUCCUCCAAAAACCAGACACUGCAUUCUUUUUUUUUUUUUUCUUUUUUUCUUUUUUUUUGUGAAGAUCAUUAUGUUGGUUCAGUUUUUAUUUUUACACAGAUCAUAGUAGUAACUAUUUCAAUUGUUCCCCUCUAAAAGGUUUAAGAAGCAAGAGAUGUAAUGCAUUUUGAUAAUAAAAUAAUCAUGAUGGUAAUGUAUUUUGAAAACUACCAUUGUGAUGUGUCAUUCGA